AUGGGAGGUAGUUUUUCUUCUCAACCCACGAAUAGUUCGCAAGAAACACCCGAAAAAGAUGCCGCGAAACGCAGUUACGUUGAAGAACUUCUCAACAGGGAUGAUGACAAUGAUAGCAUAGAUCCCAAGGAACCAGAAACAUCAGAAGAGGAUGCCUCGUUAACUAUCGACCUGAGAGGUUACGUGGAUCAGUUUCCUUUUGAAAACCUCGUCUUUGAGGGAGGUGGGGCUAAGGGCGUGGCCUAUCCAGGGGCGAUCCAGGCCUUAGAGGAGCUGGGAUUGAUGAGGAAAAUCAAACGAUUUGCUGGAACAAGUAUAGGUUCCAUAACUGCUUGUUUGGCAGCUCUUGGUUACAAUUCUCAGAAAAUAAGAGAAGUAUUGGAAAAGGAUUUCAGAUCGUUCUAUGAUGCCAGACUGGGACAAUUAAGUCUUCUACCAAAUAUGGUGUUCCAUCUUGGAUGGCAGCCAAUGAACACCUUGUAUGAAUUUUUGGGAGAACUCGUUAAGGAAAAGCUUGGAAAUAAAGACGCUACCUUUCAAGACUUGUACAUAAAAACUGGGAAGGAGCUUUGUAUCGUUGUGAUGAAUGUUAACAAUUUGGAGGAGGAGUACUUCCACCUUAAAACAACACCGAAUGUUCCUCUCAGAGUGGCCAUGCGAAUGUCGGCAAGCUUGCCAGGGUUGAUGCAACCCGUUCAUUAUUCAAUAUCUGGCCAAAAAAGUCUCUAUAUGGACGGGGGAAUUCUGGCUAAUUAUCCCAUUUCGUGUUUUGACGGGUGGUGGUUAUCAAUGAAGAAAGAAGAUUCAUUCUACAAAAGACUACAGCCUAUGGAGAAAAUUCCUUAUAUAAUGGACAAAAGACACAGAUUUGCUCGGGAUGAAUCAACUGCUGCAAAAACGUUGGGAUUUGUGUUGUACGGUGAAAAUGAACAGCAGAGCUUCAGAGCGGUGUAUGAAAGCAGACAAAAGAGACGAGUUGUGUAUCCCGAUACAAAUAUGGGCAGGAAAGCUGCACAGAGAAUGAAAAAUGAGAUGAAGCUGAGAAAAGAACAUGCACUUAUAAAAGACGCCAUCAAUAAAUUUAUAGAGCUUUCAUCAAAAUUUGAUGAGAACAGUGAUGCAACCAUUAGUAGGGAUGAACUUACAGCUAUCUUAAAUGACAAAAGUUUCACUGAAAGUGAUAAAGAACGCCUUUUUGGAAAAGGUGUCACUGUUGAGGAUGUUAUUAAUCGCUUGGAUAAAGAUGGAAACGGCAAGUUAAACUUUCAAGAAGUUGUCACGUUCAUUGAGGAAAUGGGAUUUGCAGUAGUAAAUUGCAGUCACGGAUUUGAUAGACAGGAAGUUACAACAUUGUUGUCUCUCAUACAGACAAUUUAUACAGGGUUAUCUUGUAACCUCACUCAAGUAGGAAUAAGUUCUAAAGAUUUGUCCAGAACAGUAGGAAUCAAUACUCAUUACAUAGGGACAACGGUCUUUGACUACGAAAAGGAAGAUGUUCACUUUCUUAAUAAGGAAUCCUAUAAAUCUACCAUGGCAUUCUUGAAGUAUUUUGUUGACACAAAUAUGAAGCCGAAGGAAACACAGUAAAAUGCAUUUACAUAAAUCAUAUCAAUCCAUCAUGGAAUUCCAGGAUAAUUUGUUGCAACAUAUUCAAAACAUGAAAAAAACAAACAUUAUGGUUUUUGUCAGAGAAAUAU